CGGACAGUGAGCCACAGAUUAAAGAAACCAAUAAACCUCUCCGUAGUACAAAUGAUGUUUGUAAUUUUCAGUACCUAUUAUUCGUGAUCUAUGACGCACAUUAUUAUUUUUUUUUUUAAUAUUAAGAAGACGUAUCCAGAGCCAUCGUAGUCAGUACAAAAAAAAAAUUCAAAUUUUGAAAUUUCAUAACGUUUGUCGAUUAUGUUUUGUGAUUUCAUUUCAUUGUGAAUUUCUAGAAUCUUUAAAGAAUCUUCCGUUGCAACUGACCAUCAAAUUUUUAGUCUAUUUGAUUCAAGUGACUUCUUUAUAAGUGAUUAACGAUUAUUUGUGAAAUACGUUUAGUAGAUAACUUAGACAAGAGUGAUUAACAUCAUGUCUGGGAGAGAUAUUUACUAUUCUGAGAAAUACUAUGACGAGGAACACGAAUACAGGCACGUAGUAUUAUCAAAAGAUAUGGUGAAGCUAGUGCCCAAGAAUCAUUUGAUGUCGGAGCAAGAAUGGCGCAGUAUCGGAGUUCAACAAAGCCAGGGUUGGGUACACUACAUGACACAUCAACCUGAACCACACAUUCUACUUUUUCGGCGAAAGAAGACUACACAACAAGAAAAAAAGUAAAAAAGCUGGUCUAUGGUUAUACUGCAAAAAAAAAAUGUACAGGUUCUUUGUGAGAUUAGUUAUAAUUUAGUUUUAAUUUUCCCAUGACAAAUUUAUUGCAACCCUAUAUAUAUAUAUAUAUA